CAGGGCAAGCCUGGGCAGCUCGGCUCCUCGGAGGGUCGUAGCCGCCCGCGCAACACCGAGCACCCACCCAGCGGUCAAGGUUGGGCGCAACCGGCGAGUCGUGGCAGCUGCGCAUGCGCGCACACCGGCGACGGGAAGGGGCGGGGCUCCGCGAGUGACUGACGUCUGGGCGGUCAAGGGCCAGAGGCGGGCGUGGUGGCUCUCAGUCUCUGACAGUGGGGGUUGGGUCACCCUCGGCCCGUGCAAUGUCAGAGGCCGUGGCGAGCUUGCGGGCUGGGCACCUACACAGAAACUCCAGUUUAGUAUGCAGAAGGGAAGAGGGAGAACAAGCCGGAUCAGGAGGCGAAAACACCUCAGAAGUUCUGAAUCAAGAGGAGUGAAUGAGAGCUACAAGUCUGAAUUUGACCUUGAAGAUACAGUUGAAGAUAUUCACCUCUUUUCCAUGUUUGCUUUCCUAGGUACAGGAAGAGGGCUGAUGAGCAGAACACCCCUGCGGGAGGGACAGAUGAUUAUUUCAUUGCCUGAGAGUUGCCUGCUCACCACGGAAACAGUGAUUCGAAGCUACUUAGGGGUGUACAUUACUAAGUGGAAGCCUCGUCCCUCUCCUCUGCUGGCUCUGUGCACCUUUUUAGUGUCAGAAAGGCAUGCUGGGGACCGGUCUCUCUGGAAGCCUUACUUGCAGAUUUUACCCAAGACCUACACCUGCCCUGUUUGUUUGGAGCCAGAAGUGGUGAAUCUUCUACCCAAAGCGUUAAAAGCAAAGACUGAAGAGCAGCGAGCCCAUGUGCAGAAGCUUUUCACCUCCUCCAGAGACUUUUUCUCUUCCCUGCAGCCUCUGUUUGCAGAGCCCAUUGACAGCAUCUUCAGCUACAGCGCCCUCCUGUGGGCCUGGUGCACUGUCAACACCCGAGCUGUGUACCUGAGGCCUAGGAAGCAGGAAUGCCUUUCUGCAGAGCCGGACACCUGUGCGCUUGCUCCAUACCUGGAUUUGUUGAAUCACAGCCCUCACGUCCAGGUAAAUGCAGCAUUUAAUGAGAAGACUCGUUGUUAUGAAAUUAGAACAGCUUCCGGUUGUAGAAAGCACGAGGAGGUAUUCAUCUGCUAUGGCCCACACGACAACCAGCGGCUGCUGCUGGAGUAUGGCUUUGUUUCCCCCUGCAAUCCUCACGCUUGUGUUUAUGUCUCAAGAGAUACACUUGUUAAAUAUCUUCCAUCAACUGAUAAACAGAUGAACAAAAAGAUUUCCAUUCUAAAGGAUCAUGGCUUUAUAGAAAAUUUGACAUUUGGAUGGGAUGGGCCAUCUUGGAGGUUACUCACAGCUCUUAAGUUGUUAUGUCUGGAAGCUGAAAAAUUUACGUGCUGGAAAAAAGUUCUUCUUGGAGAAGUAAUUUCAGAUGCAAAUGAGAAGACAAGUUUGGAUGUAGCCCAGAAAAUAUGCCAUUAUCUCCUAGAGGAAAGUUCUGCUAUGCUUCAGAGGGUUUCUCACAUGAAGGAUGAAAAGGUGUCUUUGGUAAGCCAGCUGGCUUUGGUGGAAACACUGUGGCGGGAAGAGCUGAAGGUCCUCCAGGCCUCCGCUGAGACCCUCGCCAGCCUCCACAUCACUUACCUGGCCUCCCCCGAACGCCUGGGGUCGCCUCCUGUGGUGGGUGUGACUUAAGCAUUUUUAAACUAAGUUGGAUUAAACGGAUUUUCUCUCA